AUGGAGAACGUAGAAAAAGAAAUCAGAAGAAUUUUCCACCAGGAAGUAAUCGAUCGCCACUCGGAAGAUGAGGCGCAUUCUGAGAACUCCGUAAUGACCACCCCGAGGGAUCCGUUAUCACUUGAUUCCCCCUCCGCUGCAUCAGGAUUCAGGCCAUCAACGGAGAAAGACGGACAUGAUGCUGCCCAUGAUCAGGGAGCUGUCUCAUAUUACAGAGAAGGAGUAGGAUCAAAGAGGAGACUGAUCCAGGAUUCACCGAAACCCGUGGCGCAUUACAAGAGCUUCGAAACCGAUGGAGGAGCCGCUCCACAUCGGACCGACCGAUUGGCAUUGGUGGGGAAUCAGGAGCAAAUCAAUCAACUUCUCCGCCUGCAAGUAUUUCACCCUGACGCGGAAAAUGAGGUACAUUCUGAGAGCUCCGGAGUGCUUUGGCAAGGCCCGCAUGAUAGACAACGAGUCGGAUCGAGCGCCUCUAUAAAAGCGCCCAGGCCAGCUCGGAAAGUCAGACCCAACAAAAGAUUGAAAGUUAAUCAACCAAUUCAAGCGACUAUCAACCAAGUGAUCCAGACCCCAACGAUACCUGAUACGAAUCCAAAAAACUCUCAUUCCUGGUCAGACCCAGUGAAUCAGUCAGCGAAAAAACAACAAGAUAAAUAUUGGAAGGGGGAAAAGACACAAUUCUUCAGUGGGGGGCCUCACAUGAGUGAUUUCCAAUAUCGUGUAAAGCAGGCCCUUCUUCUCCAGCCCUCUUCAGCGAAAGAAGAAUUCAGGUCAUUCACAGAAAAGCUCGAUCAACAACACAAAGCGAUGAAGGACUUGUACCAAACAUGGCAAAUAUCUGACUCAACGAAGAUGUACAUGGAGGCCCUCGGGGGUUUAGAAAUGAUUGUUAGCAGGAUUGAUGUCGUAGGUAAACAAGGAGAAGUUCAUCUUUGGAAUUCCCGCAUCCGACCACCUCUCCCAUCGAGAAACCUACAAGCUCAGAAAUACGACCGGAUCCUCCAGAGGAUCAACAAAAUCCUACAUGAGCUAGAGUGUUAUCAUAACGUGUAUUUUCUGAGUGGAAUUGAUCAAGAAAUUUUAGGAAGAGAUGAGAAAACUCAUGCAAAACUACUCGAAUGGUUUUACGAACAGUUAUUCAUCGAUACGGAUGAUCACCCUCCCCUACUGGGCAACGCCAUAGUCGGGGGAACACGAGUUAAAUUGAACAAGGUUUUCACAGAUGGCCAGAAGCGUUUAUACACUCCGCUGGUUGAUUCCGGACACCUAGGCGUGUUCGUGGCUGCUAAGAUUGCAACUGAUCUUUUAGGACUUUGGUACAGAGCUGAAUUCUCAAAACGCUUCGAAGGUCCUUUCCCCGCUGUGAAAUACGCUGAAAAACUACAUUUGAUAGCAGAUAAAUAUGCAGCAAAAUUCCCCCAUCAAGAUUUGCCCAUUUAG